GUAUAAAAAGAAUUUGCACAUAGUUAGAAACAAAAAAGUAUAAUUGAAAUAAAAACAAAGAAAAAGUCAAAUUUUAAAUACAAAAUCAUUGAGUUUGAAUAAAUACACUUCCUUAAGCUAAUUUUUCGGCAAUAUUAUUUUUAAACAAUUUGAAAUUUUCUUACUUAUAAAUACAUGUGGUCAUCAAGUGUUAAAGAAAAUAGAAUAAAAAUAAAUCAAAUUAAAUUUAACUAAACUAAUAAAAAAAAUACUAAAAUAAAAGUAUUUUAAAAUAGCAAUGAAAUUUGUUUUUGACAAAACCUUCUAAAAGUGUCAAAAGGUCAAUUUAAAUUUAAACGAAAACAAGACAAGCGAAUUUAUAAAAAAAAAACAAAAGAGCAAAUAGAAGAGCAUUGGCACCGGAAGUAAAAGUCCGUUUUUUUUUUGAAGCUUUAAAAAAAUAAAAAAAUUAACCAAAAAUAAAAAUUUUGUUGAGUUUUUCAUUUAAAUAAUAUUGUUUUUUCUAAAAUUGAAAAUUAAUAAAAACAAGAUACAUAAAACGCCAUGAGUUAUAGAUUUCGCAAUUAUAUUGAACAAUUUGAGAAACGUCAAGCAGACAAUCAACAACAACACAGAAAAAACACUCAUAACAUGGAUAAUCCAAAAGCUCCUUGGCCUGUGCGCAAAGGGAUCUUUCGUUCGAGUGGUCAAUCGGAUUUUAUACCCACUCGUUCGCCCAGUCCCAUUGUGGAAAUGCCACUCUCUCCGCCUCCAGUAACAAAUAAUACACGAGCGUCUUCUCUUAGUCGUUUUGACAACAACUGUCCCUUUUCACCACCGCCCCAACCUAUACAGGUUAUACAGGGUCCUCCUGGACCCAUAAUGACUACGGCUGCCUCCAUGACCAGUAGUGCCAAAAGUGCACAGUCAUCAUCGUCAUCAUCCUCUUCUUCAAAAACUGCCUCAUCAUCUUCGUCCUCCUCGUCAGCACAAAGUAAAAUGUCCUCCCAAGCGUCCGCCGCCUCUUCUGCCUCUUCAUCAGCGCGUAUGUCGUCUGCCUCUGCCUCGGCCAGUAGUGCCUCGCGUUCAGAAGCUCUCUCUUUGCGUGCUGGAGAUGUAACUCAACAGGCUAGCAAUAACGUGGCCGCCGCUAGUAUUAAAGUUCAAAGUGAUACAUUUUCGGCUGACAAGAAGGCCAUCUCUCAGUCGCAGCAAUCACAGACAAUGACUUCGAAUGGCAUUAUCAGCCAGGAGAAACAUGUCUCUUCAGCCGCCCAGGCUAAUUACAGCAUGACCAGCAAGGGUGUAUCCAGUUCUGGCGGCAGUACCAUGAUCUCUUCCUCUUCACAAAUGUCCACGACAAAUGGUAAUCUUUUCAAAUUAGCCGAUUUUCGGCUGGAUGACCUUAUGCAGCUAAGUUCCACCAGUGGUCAGAAGGACAUCGAACAGGCCAUUAGCAAGUACUCCAAUAUGUUGACUUCAUGUGUUAACUCACUGCAGGAUAAGAAAGCAACCUCCGAUGAUACCAUGUAUUUGGAUAAAAUCAAUGAAGUUAUACGCAGAGCCUGGGCUGUGCCCACUCAUGGUCAUGAAUUGGGUUAUAGUUUGUGUAAUUCAUUGCGCAAUAGUGGUGGUCUAGAUUUGCUCAUGAAAAAUUGUGUCCAGGGAGAUAUGCAAAUCAAAUUUUCCUCAGCCAAAUUGCUCGAACAAUGUUUGACCACAGAAAAUCGUACUCAUGUGGUGGACAAUGGUUUGGAUAAGGUGGUUAAUGUGGCCUGUGUUUGUACUAAGAAACAAAGUACCGAACAUUCACGUGUUGGUACUGGUAUUUUGGAACAUCUCUUCAAACACUCCGAGGGCACUUGUUCGGAUGUUAUUAAACUGGGUGGUUUGGAUGCUGUGCUAUUCGAAUGUCGUACCAGUGAUGUAGAGACGUUGAGACAUUGUGCUAGUGCCUUGGCCAAUUUAUCAUUGUAUGGUGGCGCCGAGAAUCAGGAAGCUAUGAUUUUGCGCAAGGUGCCCAUGUGGUUAUUCCCUUUGGCCUUCCAUAAUGAUGACAACAUUAAGUAUUAUGCCUGUCUGGCCAUUGCGGUUCUAGUCGCCAAUAAGGAAAUUGAAGCUGAAGUUUUAAAAUCCGGCUGCUUGGAUUUGGUAGAGCCUUUCGUGACUUCCCACGAUCCUUCGGAAUUUGCCAAAUCAAAUUUAGCUCAUGCUCAUGGUCAAAGUAAACAUUGGCUACAACGUCUAGUGCCUGUGCUCAGUUCAAAUCGUGAAGAAGCCCGCAGUUUGGCAGCUUUCCAUUUCUGCAUGGAGGCGGGCAUUAAGCGAGAACAGGGAAACACCGAAAUCUUCCGCGAAAUAGGAGCUAUUGAGGCUCUUAAGACCGUAGCCAGUUGUCCCAAUGCUAUUGCCUCUAAAUUUGCCGCUCAAGCUUUGCGCCUUAUAGGCGAAACAGUACCCCACAAACUGUCGCAACAAGUACCUCUCUGGUCGGUCGAAGAUGUCCAGGAGUGGGUUAAACAAAUCGGCUUUGGACAAUUCGUCAAACAAUUCGAAGAAUCCCAAGUCGAUGGUGAUCUACUGUUAAAACUCAACGAAAAUAACCUCCGUGAUGAUAUUGGUAUUUUAAAUGGCAUACUGCUUAAACGUUUCGAACGUGAACUACAAAAUCUCAAACGUAUGGCUGAUUACUCAUCGAAAGAUACCGCCAAACUGCAUCAUUUCCUAUCGGAAAUUGGUCCAGAAUAUUGUACCUACACCUACUCAAUGGUUAAUGCGGGCAUUGAUAAAAACUCUUUGCCACAGCUAAAUGAAGAUAUGUUGAUACAGGAGUGUGGCAUUAAGAACUCCAUACAUAGACUGCGCAUUCUAAAUGCGGUUAAGAGUUUGGAAAAUACCAUACUCUCCUCAUCGGAGGAUAGUAUGGCCAAGACUUUGGAUGUAUUUGUUAGUUAUAGACGUUCAAAUGGUUCACAAUUGGCCAGUUUACUUAAGGUCCAUCUACAAUUACGUGGCUUCUCCGUGUUCAUUGAUGUUGAACGUUUGGAGGCUGGAAAAUUUGACAAUGGUUUGCUAAACAGUAUUCGUCAAGCGAAAAAUUUCGUUUUAGUAUUAACACCAAAUGCUCUCGAACGUUGUGUCGAUGAUAAUGAAUGCAAAGAUUGGGUACAUCGAGAAAUUGUAGCCGCUUUAAAUUCAAAUUGUAAUAUUAUACCCAUUAUUGAUAGUCAAUUUUUUUGGCCAGAACCCGAACGUUUACCCGAAGACAUGCGUAGUGUUUGUCAUUUUAAUGGUGUAACGUGGAUUCACGAUUACCAGGACGCCUGCAUCGAUAAGUUGGAAAGAUUUAUGCGAGGCGAAAAGAAUAUUGAUCGCAUAGCAGCUAUGACACCCGGUACGCCCGGUUCGACGGUGAAUUACCAAAGAAUGCACAGCAAUGAUUCGGAUUAUAGUGUGGGUGGCAGUAAUGCUGGCGGCAGUAAUUGUGGCACAGGCGGCAAUGGAGGAUCAUCGAAUGGCGGCGGACAAGCAGCUAAUCACCAGGCAAAUAGAUACCGGCAAUCAGCAUCACCGGCUCGUCAGCGUUUGGCAGCGGGCGGAGGCAGUUUAUUAAGCAGUUCGGGAAAGUUAGGCAGCACUGGUAGUCAGCUGAGUGUGUUUGGCCGUAAUUCAAAGCGUAAUAUGUUGCCACCCUAUCGCACUCAUCAAACAUCGGUUCAUAAGGCUUUACCUAUAGGUGGCUCCAUGCAAAAUGUUUCACCUUUAGCUUAUAAGCCUCCCAGACGAAGUUCUGCUGUGGGUAUAUGCAAUGAUAAUAAGGAUAAGGCUUCGUCUAACUAUAGAAGCCAUAGUGUAGAUGAGUUGCUGGAUAAUAGCGAAAGUACGGAUAAGAAAAUAGCAGAGGCUGCUGCCCUAGUCUCGGCUGGUAGUUUGGCUUUAACUAACGUGAGUUCCACUAGUACACUACAGCCCAAUGAAGAGUAUAAUUGUUCGACAGCUUCGAUAACAGAAUUAGCUAGCAGUCCAGUAUUAGUGCCACGCCGAGAAAAGUCAGCCAAUUUACCACCUAUUAAUCCUCAGCAUCGCAAAUCUCGCAGUCUUGAUCAUUUUCUUGAUGAACAAACUUUGGCUGCCAUAGUAGUACCACCCUCACCCACAGAGGGUACACAAAGUAUGCAAAAUCUUGCCACACUCAUGACACCCGAACCCAUACGUUCUAGUAUAGCUAAAGCCAUAGACAGCCUACCGGUGCGUGCCGCUUCAGUGCGUGACUCAAAAUCCAUAACACCCGAUCGUGUAACAGCCCUGCGUACUAGCCCCUCUAAUCGUCAGAGCCCGGAGGGUAUAAGUUCUACCGAAGAUGAACGUGAGGAUAGCCAAAGUGUAAAAUCUGUAAAAACGUCACAAAUAAAAGCCUCCGCCCCUAAAAGUCAGACAAGAGCAGCAGCCCAUAUACAUCGUGGCAAUAGUGCGAGUAGUGGACGUGUGGGUAGUGUGGCGGAUCAAACAAAUCGGGUAUCGAAAACUACUUCCAGCAGCUCUUUGGGCUCGACCAGCGGCUCUAAUAGUCCAAAUAAUAAAACCAUAUUCAAUCGUACGAUGAAAAAAGUUCGAUCGCUGAUCAAAAAACCUUAAAUUCUUAGUAUAAACGAAAGCUUUCUACAAUUUUUUAUUAUUACAAAAAAAAGCACAAAUAUGUCCUCGUCUGUGUGUCCUGCAAACUAAACCCAAAUCCUACAUCUUCAUCGUCAUCUCGAUCAUCAAAAGGCAAAGUUAAAUAAAAACAAACAAACAAAAAAGUAUUGAAACAAAUGUAUACGUGAUGUCAUGUGAAAACCAUCAAAUCCAAUGGGAAUAAGUUCCAUCAACCACCAAACUUUAAGCUCUAUGUUUCUUGUACAAUCCAAUAUUAAUUAAAUUUAAAUAUUAUUUCAUUAUAUUUUUCUAUUUAUU